GCUCAGUCGGUUUAUUAAGUAAAAAGUGCUACAGGUAGCUUUGUUACGUAAAAGUGACCACCCACCUGAAAAAAUGAAAGCUUUUAUUGUCCUCGCGCUUUUGUCUGUGGUGGUUGUUUUCGGCGCCGAAGAAAAGGAGAAAGAAAAAGCUGCUGUAGACACAGACCGGCCCAAGACCUUUAAGAGGUUGAUUCCUGCUGAUGUUCUUAGAGAUUUUCCUGGAAUGUGCUUUGCUUCAACCAAAUGUGCCACAGUAGAACCUGGCAAGACCUGGGAAUUAUUCCCCUUCUGUGGACGUUCCACCUGUGUGGUAUCUGAAGAUAAACCACCAAGACUUUUGGAAUUGGUUGAAGACUGUGGACCUCUUCCUCUUGCCAAUGACAAGUGCAAACUUGACGAAGAAAAAACCAACAAAACUGCACCUUUCCCAGCCUGUUGUCCUGAAUUCAAAUGCGAAGAAGGAGCCAAACUGGAAUAUCCCGAAAUUCCAACUGUAGCUCCAGUCCCCGAGGACUCCGCCGAAGUCAAGUCUACCACUGCAAAAUCAGCUUAAGCGGUUUUUAAUAGACAACACUUAUUUUCAAACUAAUGAUUUUGUUGCCUGUAAUAUAGUUUUUUUAUUUUUUUUCCGUGUAGUUUUGUCAAAUAUGUCAGAAAUAAAUUUUUUAUAAUUAUAUUUAUUUAGAGUAUAUAUUUAGCUUAAUUGUGAUAUUACAAUAAAUUGUUUGUAAAUUUAUUAUUUUAACAUAACAUUUUUGAUAAUAAAUGAAUAAUACACAUUGA